UGGUCCAGCACGGACGUCGAACACACGGCCAUACUACUCACGCGAACUUUACAAACUUUGUAACUUAAACAUUGUUUUAUAUUAAACAAAAUAAAGUCUAUUUUUGUUUGAAAAUUCAAGUGAUAAAGUGCCUUCAAAGUGAGAUUUAGUUUAAAAGUGAUGUGAUGAUGAACGGUGUUGUAGUCAAAACUGAGGUUACUAAUGAUGCUGGGAUUAUUGACAGGCACUCAGCAGUGGACGUGUCUAACGGUGGCAACAGAGAGCAUGAGAGGACCAGGUGGCAGACUCCAGACGGAGACAGGCUGUCUACAUACCCAGCAACAGGCGACCGGUCAACUUUGUUGCGGUCGCACGCUGCAAAGUCGGCGGAGUGCAGCGGGCAGGGCUCCCCACGGCCUCGGCGCGCGCCUCGCGAGUCACGCCGCGUGUCGCUGGCACAGGCCUCGGGAUACGUGCAGCUCAACCAGUAUAGACUGCUGGAGCCUAUCGGACAGGGCUCGUACGGGAUCGUCAAGUUAGCCUACAAUGAAGAGGAUGAUACGCAUUACGCGAUGAAGAUCCUAUCAAAACGCAAGUUGAUGCGGCGAGCUGGUCUGUUCGGUAGGGCGCCCCCUCGGCGGCCAGGACCUGGCCCGCCCCCCAGCCCGCUGCAGAGGGUCUACCGGGAGAUUGCUGUGCUCAAGAAAUUAGAUCACCCUAAUGUUGUCAAACUUGUGGAGGUGCUAGACGACCCAGCAGAGGACCACCUGUACCUGGUGUUCCAGCUGCUAGAAGGAGGCCCAGUCAUCGACAUCCCCACCGAGAACCCGCUAAGUGAGGAGCUCGCCAGGAGGUACAUCAGGGACGCCUUGCUGGGUGUCGAGUACUUACAUUACCAGAGGAUAGCCCACCGGGACAUAAAGCCAGCCAACUUACUGCUAGGCGAGGGUCGGGUGCAGGUGGCAGACCUUGGCGCCUGCGGGGAGCUAGCCGCCGCCGGUCGCGUGUCCGGCACUGUCGGGACCCCGGCGUUCCGGGCCCCUGAAGCAGCCGCACCGGCUGAUAAGUAUAGUGGAGAGGCAGCAGAUAUCUGGUCACUAGGAGUCACGCUCUACGCAAUGGUGACAGGCAAAGUGCCCUGGGUCGGCAGCUCAGCUGUGGAGCUGCAACGGAAGGUGUUAGCCGAGCCGCUGACGUACCCUCCCAAGUUCCAGCCUUCGAAGCAACUGCGACAUCUGCUCAGUAGAAUGUUGGAUAAGGAGCCGGCGACGAGAGCUACGCUACAGGAGGUUAAGGACCACGAGUGGAUAACGGACGGAGGCAAAGAUCCCCUACCUUCGGAGCAGGAGAACUGCAGGCUGGUGGAAGUAACAGAGGAGGACAUGGCACAAGUGGUCACCUCUAUUCCCAACCUGUCCACUCUCAUACUCAUCAAGACUAUGCUGAAGAAACAUAGUUUCCAAAACCCGUUCCUCCGCAGUAGGGAAGGCAGUACGUCUCGUAGGGAGUCCACCAGCUCUCGAGGAGAAAGCUCUGAGAAAUCCACCGCAGCCGCCAAGAGAGGGGGGCUGGCGAGAGCUGGCAGGUCGCUGUCUGCUCCCGGGAACUACCUGACAGAAAGCAGGCAAUCCUCCUUUGACAUUGGGCUAGAAUCAGUCCAAGAGUCUCGUGACCAGAGUCUAGACGUGACCGCCAAGGAGAAGAGUCCGCAGGGGAAAGAGAAGGAGGAGUCGAGCGCACGGUGAUACUCCACUCGUGCGGCGCGUGCGCACGCCGCCGCCGACCAAUGGUUCGUGCGCGUUCGAAUCAUGAUCGAAUUCGAGUAGCCAAUUGGAUACCGGUGAUACAAUGUUGCCACAACACAAAAUGUGCUGGCUGCAUUAUUUAAUUCGUAAUUAAAAAAUGCAUUGAAUUGAUAUUUUUUUACUAAUUUUAAAUGUAAUCUUGUCGUCAAAAUCUGGGGUAUUUAGGCUGCUAUGUGAUUAAUGUUCUAAUCAGAACUAAAGUGAAGUGUAACGAGAGCUCCAAAUAUAAUGGACGCUGAUUUUGAUGAAAGCUUAUUAAUGAUAACUUAAAAUUUUCACUUAAAAUUACUAAUUCAUUCAUCUGCUAGUCCUAUUCACUUAAUAUUGUAAAUAUUUUAAAAUAACAUUUGUCCUCUUUGACUUAAAAAGCACUUUAAUAUUUUAAUAACAUAAUUAGGUGUACUGUACGUACUUAGCGAGGCCGCCGCGGGGAGCGGCGAUACAUCAUUGUCUUCUUUGAAAAAUAAUAACAAGGAUCAAUCAAAAAGUAAUUCUUCACUCGUGGUGAUGUGAUGUAGGCGAAUUCAAGCAAAUAUGUGAAAAAAUAUCUGUUCCAACAAGAUUAAAUGUUGCCAGGAUAUAAAGCGCGGCUCGCGAGGCGGCCUCGUUGCGAGCAACAUUUUACAAAAGCCCGUUUAUAUUGUAAAUAUUUUAGCAUAUUUUUAAUAUUAAUUCAUAAAAAUUGCUCAAUGCUUGUUUGAUAUCAUUGUACAUAUUAUAAGCUUCUAAGGUUAAAUAACAGUUUUAUAAAAAUACAAAAUACAAUGGACUCACUCAUGUUGAUAUUUCGCUUGGUCUGUCAAACGCUAACAGAAUUCUGUUUGUGGGUAAAUAAAAAUGUGGGAAACAUUUUGAACAACAAAAUCUACGGCUGUGAAUAUUUUAGUAUCGGGAGUGAUUGCGGACAAUACGGUGUACGUGACUUUAUGGGAGUCUCCGACGUCCGCCGUACACAUACUUUCAUGUGAUAUAAUUGCUACCGUAACGCCACGACCACGGGGGAACGGGAGCGAUUUAAUCCAGUGACGCAUUUUUCCCAGAGGAUACCCAACAUUUUCAAAUCGAACAACUUAGCAACAUCCAAGUAGGUGAAAGUCCCGUAAAGCCGGACGGUACCUAACGCCGGACACUUGUAUUAUCUCAAUAACUGAUAACACGAGCGAUUCAAUCGGUCGUAUUUUACUAAGUUUUACUAAAAAUCUUAGGUGUCUGCCACUAGAAGAUUUCCUCUAAAAAUAGAAUCGGUCGCGUUAUUAGUUAUCGAGAUAAUACAAGUGUCCGGCGUUAAGUGCCGUCCGGCGUUACGGGACUUGCGCCUACUGAGAAACUGAUUUCGUAAAGUGAAACUUCCAAAACACAUAAAUCAACGUAAAACAUUAAUUAAUGUUACACCACAAUAAUAAUUACAAAACUUAAUUAGAACAGCUAGUGGCUGUUACCCGACCACACGGUCACCGAGUCGCUAAACUAUUUUGUAUUUUUAUAAAAUUAUAAAUUUUUAAUUAACGAAUAAAAUAUUGUUAGGGCUAGGGGUCACUGGACAGCAUUUAUCAAAAGAAAAACUGGUUAUGUCACCUUUAUGUCAUUUGCUUUGCAAAUACUUGGGGCGGUACGUGCCUUUUGCAAUUUAUUUAUUUUGUACUUUCAAAACCAAUUUUCAUUUUUAGAUUGGUAUUUAUUUUGUGAACAUCCUGUAUAUACCGGAAUGUGGCUUUGCUCUCUAGUCACUGGUUUGCGGUGAGUACCCUAUAAAUCACUGAUAUUACGCUUUCGGAAGCCGGAUGCGGAUACGGCUCGGAAUUACAGAUCAAAUGAGUACGUACCUGACUAAAUGCGGUUAGGCUUUCACGUGGCCCUGUUGUCAAACCAUUUUGUGAUCAAAUAAAGCAGAAUAAUCAAAAAAUAAACUAAGCAUUUACCUGAAACGAUUCUGUCCCCAAUGGACUUUUUAUAAGUUGUGUUUAAGUAUUACUUACAUUUUAAAAAGUGAGAUUUUAAUCUGUCCAGACCCCUAGAGCCCUUGCGCCCUGACUACAGGUUCGAGCGUGUAUUUAGCGAGCAGCUACGAUAAGAGAUUGACCAAUUUUCACUGUCAAAUUAAUUUCAAUUAUAUUGACCAUCUAUUGAGUCGUGAACGCGUUUAUACUCUGUGCAUUGUGUUGACAGCUCUGACAUUUAUGUCAAGCGGAAAUUAUGGCGCGAAAUUCGAGCAAAAUGGCGGAAGUUAUUGGCAAAUUCAGGUGUUCGAUUGUGGCAAUAAUUUCCAAGAAAGCUCGAUAUUUUGUUGGGCAGUUACUAUUUUAUGUGAAGCUGUUUGUUUCGGUUUGUUUAAUUCACAAAAUAACGAUCACAAAUUUCGGUACCUAUGAUAUUUUUUUGUUUAACACAUUUAUCAAUGCACAGCUUAUAAACAAAAUCAUAGAUAAGGUGCAUGUUAGUGUACAGGGUCCCGAUUACCGAAGUACUUACAACUUUUGUGUAAAAUAAGUGAAAAAAAAGUUUUUAUUAAAUAUUUGAAUUAACAAGUCCAAGCUUAGAUAUUAGGUGAAGAGAUUUUAUUGUCCACUGUUUCGCUGCGAUGUUCUCUGACAGAUAGAUCACAUUUUACUCUAUCUAUAGAUUUAUAAAUUAUCUACUUACAUUGAACAAACUACCUAGUAUUUUAUAUAGCUACAGCUAUGAUCAAGUCCUUAAAAUAAUUAUCAUAGUAAUGAUAAAAUCAAAUAUUAUGACAAUUUAUUUUUUGCAAUACAAAUCAUGGUUGUAUUUAUUUUUAUAUGUUUGUCUUCGUUUUAUACAUUAAACCAAUGUCUGGCUAUUGACACAACGAUCUAGAAAAGUUCUCCCAGAAUUUUUCUAAUGAGUAAGUAAUUAUUUUCUCUUGUCCUAAAAUAAUCCUGUUUUCACAGUAACUUACCGUUAAUUGGUUCAUUGAAUUAACUUGAUUAAUAGACAGCCAACCAUAAUAAUGUGAACCUGAAAUUCAUUAUAAGUAAUUCUCAGAUGCUAAUCAAUUUUCUUCAAAGAAAUUAAUUUGUAAUUUGACGUAUGGAAAAUCAUGUUUAAUCGUUUGAAGAAUCAUAAAGAAAGAAC